ACCUUUUUCCUCGUUGCGGAGGCCGACAACUCAAGCGCCAGACUCUGUGCUUAAAAAAUGAAAUCUAUGAUGAAAUGCCGGCAUGUAUCGAAUGUUCUUCUCCUUACUGUUGUCCAAUGGCUGUGUUUGGCUAGAGCGUUCCCCUUCUGGCAUGGAAACAUCGCCUGGGCUCCUGUCGACUCCUCCAGUGACACGGUAGGAUGUACACUGCCUUACGCCCCACGUCAAUGUUUUAUCGUUAACCCACAUGAGUUUCUUAAGUGUGCCUUGGGGCAAAAACUGAGUCAUCAAAAAGCAACUCAAUGUAACUCCACCGACGUCUUUCUUGACGUUGACUUACUCUUUUUAAAGGAAAAAUUUACUGUACAGUUUAAACAAAAGGCAAUGUGCGCGGUUUAAGAAUUACGUUCGCAACCUUGAUUAGCAAUGUCAGGAAAUAUAAAACAAUUUACUCUUUCUACCUCUGUUUUUGGAAAGUACAGCCUAGCAAAACCACCUUCGAUUUGUAUGUGGAACUACUAGUUUCAAGUCACAACUAAAUAACUCCUUACCAUUUCAACUUAAUUCCCUGAACAAACUCUUUUUUGAAGGGAGGGGAUGGGGAAUUCAAUCAUUUAUUCUUGAAGGUUACUAAAGAGCUUGUUAAAGGCCUAUAUAUUUGCUAGAAAAAAAAUGGAUUAACCCUCAAAGAAGAAAACAGCGAUGCUCUGUAACCUAUAAGAGAAACAAAAAUCUAUCUAUUUUAGCUGCAUGUUCACUUACAGUCUAUUCGAAGAACUGACAGAGGAUCAUUCCCCUUCCUACCUCUGUGACUAUGAAAUGUCCAAUCAUCUUAUUACUUAAGCUUGAGUGAACCAUUUAAAGAAAGAAUCCAAGAACGCUUUCUUUAGACGGUUGAAUUUCGACUUCAACUCUGUAAAAGUCUAUAUCAGUCGACCAAGUUGGUUGGCUAUUAAAACUAUCAAAUAGACUCUGAUACUGGUGGGAAAUAGUAGUUGAUAAAUACAGGACAAUUUUUUCUGAAAAAAGUUCCAAUCUAUUGUUCUCGCGAGCUAAGCCAGUGACUAGUGCUCGGCGGCCCUUUUACAUGCCUAAGAAAAAUGUCUAGACGAAAGGCUUGGCUAUAUACUGAAAAACGAUACCGUAGCUUGUGAAGUCUUCUUUUUUUAUUGAAACUCGCUCAUUAUUGCAUUAAUUUGCAAAUAAUCUUGCAUAAAAUGUGCACUUUUCAAAUCAAAACGCGAGUACUUUAUCAUCAAAUCCGCGAGCAAAAUCAAGAGCAAACGCCUAGCAAUGGACUCGGUGCAGUAUUUUUUUUGGUUUUCUAUCAAGUUAAUUAAAUGUCAUGUGUAACGGUAAACAGGAUUUAUAGCAGAAGAUGCCUGUGAUGUUUCCAGACAGUUUUGAUUUUUUAAACAUGUGCUCAAGUUUACAUGCCACAUAAGCAUAGACAUUCCACCGCGUGCGAGAAACAAAGUAAAUUGUUUUUGCCACUUAGAAGGCAUUAGGAGCAUAUAUCUACCCGCCUCUUGAAAAGGCUUUUUGCGAAUGCAUCGAUGCUCUAUUUGGACAGGAUAUAGCGAAAGGUUAACUUUUUUUCCGACAAAUAGCAAGAAUUCAAAAACAACGCCAAAUGGGCGCCUUGAAGUCAAUAAAGUUGCCACGUUUAAAGAUUAAAUGAUGAAAAAUUAACAGUUAUUAAUCUGUAAAGUCGCGGAACUCAUUAAGACGUUUGUCUUUUCCAUUUCUGCGCUACGUGGGGGCAAAGUGUACUGAACAAACGUAAAUUUUCCAACAUACAGUUCGCAUAUACUACGGAAUGUAAAUAUUAAGAACAACAAGGACGGCUUCAAGCGGAAGAUAAAGAAAGGCUUUUCAUAAUUUUAUUCUGACAAAACUGAUUUAACUUUAGGUGCACUUGAGCUAUUUCCUUCUUUGGAAUUUAUUCAAUGUUUCGCGCUUCGAUGUGUUUUUUUUAAAAGAAACGCAAAAGUUGCGUAGGUCAGAUAUGAAAAAUUCUAAUAAAAAAAUUUCUUUAUUUAAAACUUAAUCACCUCUGGUUUUUUUUUUGCGCUUUUUGCAUAUGAAUAACUAUCAAUAAAAAAAGUGAACAAAUUAAAUUCAAAAUGAGCUUUUUUAAUUCUGAAUGUAAAGAGCGCAGCUGCCUUUAAGCCAUUAAGCCCAAGAUUAGCAAAAAUUUGCGCUAGAAUGAACUCUUGCAGAAACCAAAUGCUUAACAGGGUGUGAAAUUACUUCUACGGUGUAAUACAGGCACUUGCCUAAAGCGGUGAUAGGCAUUCAAAAUUAGCCUGCAGUGCAGGCGUUAUUUUGGGCGGCGAAAACUGCUUGUUCGUGUUCCUGUUGUUGUAGCCGCCAUGUCUGAGUUUUUGACAUUGGAAGAUUGGGCAGAGUAGAAAUAGCAACCCUUAGGAUUGGUGCUGACUCGCCCCAUUUCCUCCUCUCUUUUGGAGUUUCAAAAUGGUGCUUUCGCGAGCAACAACAUCCGCGCGCCUGCGAAGAAAACGCCUGCACUACAGGCUUAUUCAAAAUUGACACAUAAAUUAAUUUUGGCGCUGAACACCAUCUUGGUUUUUCAAUGUAGAUACGUUUUUCAUGUUUGUUUUUGUUUUAUUUUGUUCUUCUCAUUGCUGGAGACUAACUCUAUGGAAUGGGCCUCACUUUGAAAUAUUAAGUGGCUAAUGUUUAUUCAGCAUUGAUCGAUCUUCGAAAAAAAAAUCCAUCUGUCUGUGAAUGAUUCUUUACUUUACUUUACUUUUAGACUGCAAAGCAGUCGGGUUUUUCUCUUAAAAUCGGUUUAGGGUAGAAUAAGAGCAGCGUGAGAGCCUCACGCGCGAGCCUCAGUCUCGCUCUCCGUUCUCAGCUUUUGUUUGACUGUUCGUGCCUACUUGAAUACGCAAAAAGUACGGACUAUUUUGCAGUCUACUUUACUUUGAAUUCCUUUAUUCGAAGACCGAUUGAAAUACCAGGCUCGCUCUGCAAUCUAUUCUGCUGCCAUAACUUAAAUUUCAGAGUCAGUAGAGUCUCAUUUGAAAGUAAAUUUAUGUUGAAACGGUCUCCGGAUCGCCUCCUUCUUAUUUGACAACUAAUUAGAAGAUAGACUGAGGGAACCAGUUGAAGACCUUAUAACUGAGAAAGUCGCGACUGUGCUCAUUUAUCAUCUCCUCGCCUUCUAAUUUAUUACAUACGUGCGAUCUACGAUACGAUCUGCAGUGGGCUGCUGUUCCCCCAAGUAUGAUAGAAUUGUUAUUAUCGUUAUUAUUUUUAUAAAUAUUAUUGUUAUUAUUUUCAAAAAAAUUCUUGCUCAAACUAAAUCACCCAUACCCCCCAUACCACCCUCGCGAGUCACAUAAUCAACCACAUAGGGGGUGGGGGAAGAGGCAGGUUUGACACCUUUAUUUAGUAAAUGCCAUCCAUCAACAAAAUGGCUGGCGCGCGUUGAUCAUGUGGUUUUCAAGACUAAAGUUUUGUAUUUCAAGAUUUGAAAUACGCCGAUAAAAGACACAAAUGUUAAGAGAAAGUUCAAAAGAAUGCUCAGUUUCCAUUUUGCGGAAAAACGAGAGCUUUUCGCUAUGAAAUUGUGUUUCGAGGAAUUCAACCACAGGUAGCCCAAGCUCGAAAUAUGAGCAUCGGGCGAGCAUCGGCAUUGUUGCGUAACAUUCAAGUAUGGGGAAAAAACCUAUCGUUUCUGUAACCCACGAAAAUGAAAGGAUUUCAAUAAAAAAACAACUUACCUUACUGAAAAUUUGUGUUACAUCUGUCCUGUGUUGUCCACGGGCCGAUUUAUGGCCGUUUUAUGGGUUUUUAUGUAAACGGUUUUCUCUCUAUGUAAAGGUUUACCAAGGUUGGGCACUCAAGCGAAGCGGCUCGACUGAUCCACCGAAGGAAAACGGGCGUAAAAUCGCUCCAACUGCUCCAAUGGCCUCCAAAUUCCGCCUAGGUAACACAUAGCCUGAGUAUCAGGCCUUUUCUCCCAGAAACGCCUGAUACUUAGGCUAGGUAACACCCCGGGAUUGGCACCCCGUUGUAAAAAAAAUUUUCCCUAAAAUUGAUACCCCGUUCUAGUAAUGGGCCAAUUUUUUACACCCCGUUCUAGAAUUCGCCCUAAAACUGAUACCCCGUUCUAGAAAUUGGCCAAUUGUUUAUACUCCGUUCUAGAGAGUUUGUCAAUUGAAAUAGCACUGUUUUUUUUUUAAAAAGAUAUUUCUUUAUUUGUUCGACUUAUACAUCAAAUAAAUGCUUCUUCAUAAUCAGCAACAAUUUUAAGCAGAAGAUAAAGCCGCGAUCCACAAUUUUUUAUACCCCGUUCUAGAAAACGCCUCUGAAAUGGAUACCCCGUUCUAAAUCAGGAGCUUCAAAAUCACGACGCCGUUGGGCGGCACAUACCUGUCAGUAGGUAAUGUAUGGGAGUACCCCCCCCCCCGGGGGGUAACACACGAUAGUUCUCCUUUCGUGACUCUUGCUUGCGAAUGGGUGUAUGUUGUGUUAAAAAAAAUUUACAAAGUAAACGGUUUUUCUUAAAAGAGAGAAAAACGUUAUGUUUUUAAAUAAAAUCGACUUACCUUAAUGCCUUGUUGUAUUCUUUGUUGUUUGCCCGCGUCUCAGGCCGUUUUGAAGCGUCUUGAUAAAGCAAAUGCGGUCUUGACAAAACCUCUCGAGGGGACCCGGGAAGCUAACGGGUUUGUUUGUCGACUGCAGACCGCUGGCUACCUUCGCCCGGCUUAGUUCGAGCGAAGACAGUCGGUUUGCGAGGCGACCAGCUUGAAAACCUGCGGAUUUUAGUAGCGUUAGAUUUCACGUGUAGUUUCACGUGACUUUUGAUGACCCUUGUUGUAAUUGUUCUCUGUCACACUACUGUACUUGUCCGAACUACAACUCGCUAUUUUAAGUUCGCGCUGACCUGUAAAUGUUAUUUCCCUUUCGCUGUUUGAAACUCGACAAGUUUAAGGUUCACAAAUGUCGAAGCAGAAAAAUAAGAACGAUUUUAAGGCCACGAGGAUGGCAGAAAUGUAGGAACGAGGAGUGCUUGUAGUGGAAAUUCUCGCCUCAGCAGCUGAAAUGCUUUUAUAAACAUUGGAACUAAAACCGGUGAUGUAGGCAAAUUCUUUUUCUUUCGUUGGCACGUAGCGAAAGCUACAACUAGUUUUAGUUACCCGACUUACUAUGCGAUCGGUGAACGAGUCCACUGCAGUUUGGAGGAGCCUAGUUCGACAUUCGGGAGCCGUUCGAGCAAGAGAUAAAUUGCAUCGCUAGUGAACGAUCUGUGGGAGGAUUUGCGAAUCAAGUGAAUGGACAUGGAACUGCAACAUCUCUGCUUUGAAUUUCUGGAGGAAUUGAGGCCGGGGGUAAUUUUCCAGCGGAUAUAUUCGCCUCGAGCGACGGGCACUCCGGAAAUCACUGUUCGGCCUAUAUAGUCUUUCUCUUAGCAGAGGAACACCAACAUAGCGCUAACUCGCCGAAAACGCCUCAAAACGGCCUGAGACGCUGGCAAACAACAAAAAAUAUAACAAGGCAAUAAGGUAGGUCGAUUUUAUUUUAAAAAAAAAACACUUUAAGCCUUUGUAAAUAACCGUUUGUAACACAACACCGCUCGCAAGCAAGAGUCACGUCCGUGUUCCUGUAGUGAGCUUGGGCCACAACCUCCGAAAAUCGUAGUUAAACUAUUAGAAAACCUCCGAAUAUUUUAGACGAAGGGAGCGGUUGUCCAGAAAUUUUUAGCUUUUCUUAAGCUUUAGAAAGUCCUAGGUAAUAUUUGCUCCUUCGAACAGUUAUUAAAAAAAAAAUAAAAUAAAAAAGGAGUCGCUGCAUGGGUGUCCCUGAGCGUAGCCUGCUAACCGCAGACGUAUUUCCGGUGGUUGCAGGUUACCCUGAGCGAGGUUUCUGAAGAAACUUGAGGUACAUUCUGUAUACUCUGUGGUCAAGGAAAGGACGUUCUUAAAAGGGAUUUUUUGUAGUUAUAAAGGUUUCAUGGAUGUUUUGUACAUUUUUACAUCGGCGUGAAAGAAAACCACAAAAUGUGCAUUUGAAAUUUAUUCUUUACCUUGUGCUAAGCCGAUUCCACUUGCGUGAACGGAUCCACGAUCCAGUUAGUGUUACGCGAAUUGCUUUUUAGGAUUAACUAAUGGGUUUUUGAAUAAAAAUUUUCAAGUAAUUUAGUUAUUCAUCAAUCAUUGCUCAUUCAUAACGUUAGCUCAAAACACGAUCUUGAGACUACUCCCCUUUCUUGAAUUAAAACUAAAAGUGUUGUUUUUGUACAUGUUUCAUUGAAUUAAUAUUCAUUUUCUUAUUCAUUACUUGCCAAUCAAGAAUUUUGCAAAGUGCUGAUGUUUUUCCAUAACUCGUGCCCUGAAAACAGCUGAAACCAGUUAAAAAAAAAAAUUGUUUUCAGUUCUUUGUUUACGGCUUUAUAUUCUCUCUGAAAACGUGAGCUUAUCUAAAAUGUAAAAGAGUUCUCUAUUCUAGCGACAGACUCGUCGUCUUUUCGAGCCCGAGUUUGUCUUUAAAAAAAGAAAAGGUUAAAGACUGGAUUAUAGUUAUUGGUUAGCGAAGACGGUUAAAUUUCACAUUUUUUUCAAUUCAGGUUCGUUUACGGGAUAUUUUUUCUUAAUCAUUUAGCCCCUCCCUCUAAAGGUGAACUGAUGCUGAAGGCUCCUUAUUUCUUUUUUUCGUUUGUUUGUUUGUUUGUUUUUUAAUUUGAUUGCUUUGAUCAUAGUUAUAGAAACGGAGGCUUCGCUUUUAGCCCUGGCUAAAUCUAUAUGUUAUUUUUAUGCACUGUAAGGGUGGUUUGUAUAAAUGGUAAGCAUCCCAGGUCUGAGGUUCUUUUUACACCCCACCCCACCCCCGCCCCCGUCUUCACCACAUUUUCGCUUUCAAGUCUACGGUGCUUAAAAUUCGGCUCACUACUAACAAGAGCAUUAGGAAUCUUAUGAAAAUUUUUCACCCCUGUUUGUCGUUAGAUGCGAUUUACCUUUCGUCUGGCUUCUCGAAGAUCUUAUUCGUCCUCUUAUGACUGUGAUCCGUAUAUCAUAAGCAGUGGUAGCCUUCUUGGUUCAGGAGAUUCAUGGACAGCAGAGUGUGCUAACUAUCCUGGCAACAAUUCACAGUGCAAUUCAGUUAUCAUAGGAAGCACUGGUUUUCGCUGUACAGACUACAGCAGCAGUGAGGAUUGGUCAAUGGGUGAAAACAACUUUACGCACACCUUCUCGUCGAUCCACGACAAAUGGAUUGUAAGGUAAGUUUUUGCAUUUUUAGAAACCAAUUAAUCCAAUAAAACUAAAAUAAUAAUAAAAAAAUUCAAAAGGUGAUGUUAAAAGCUUUAACCUAAUACCACAAUUUUCCACUUUUGUUUCGUUAACAGCUACACUAGUUGCUGUUGGAUAUCUUUAUCUCGAUAUGGAGGUGGUAGUUGGCUUGUAUCGACGAACGUUAACCUCACCAGACGGUCGGAUAAUGGCAGAAUUAACUCUUCUCCUGUAUCAAGAAGCCCUGCUAUUGUCCGAUGGCAUGAAGGCUGUUCCCAGUCUCUACGAAUUCCAGUAGAAGAUGCAGACGGAGAUGUGGUAAAGUGCCGAUUAGCGACUUAUUCAGAGUCCUACGUGUACAGCGACAGUUUUCCAUAUGGUAAUCUCGACGAGGUAACCGUGCUGGUGAUUUAUGUGCUUGUUUUUCCGUUCUUUUUAUGCAACAGAGAAUUAUUUACCCUAAUGCGUAAAGUUAAUUCUAAUGCGUUAAUUCAAUAAUGCUUAAAGUUACGGAUCACAGUCAUAAAAGCCCCGUUACCUCUGGUAAAGGAAAUGACCGCCGGAAUAGAAAUACAAGGGGACACAGGAGGCUAUGGAAAAAAAUGAAGCCAAACAUAAACUUCAGUAGUUAAUGGCGCACUUAUUUCUACCGAUAGCCUCUACCGUUGACGUCAUUUUACAGAUAUUGUAAACGUCUUCCACAUUUGGUCAACGCUAUAGCUUGAGUUAAAAGGAAUUAGCCGGGGGAAUUCAGCCAAUUUGCAUGAAUAAUAAUGGAAUAACUUUCAAUGGAAAUUAAAAAUCUUAAUUUUAACUGAUGAGAAAUAUUUUUCUCAACAGAAAAGCUGUUUGCUGACAUAUAAUGGCACCAGUGGCACGACUGGUACUUACGCUGUAGCUCUGACCUUAGAGGACUUUCCAGCAGGAACUACAAAUUUCGUCGGCGUUACUCCAUUCAGUGCUGUGGGACUACAGUUUCUUGUCAUAAUAAGCAGCCAUAUUGGUUCUUGUAACAAUGUUCCUGUAUUUACUCCUUCAACACCUAACGAUGGAGAAUGCACCGAGGUGCAGAUUGGUUCAGUGUACAGAGCUGUGAUCGAGGUCACACUUGCAGACUUCUCCAAACAGUGAGAGUUUUUUUUUGUUAUAAUUAGGGGUAUGCUGCCAAGCAGUCCAUACUUUUGCGCAGUCGGGAACGCACGGAAAGUCAAACGAAAGGACUAGAGCGAGGCUAAACUGAACGGAGAGUAUAUUAUGUAGCUAAUUGUAAAAUCAUAACUAUCAGUGUAUUGGUGCGCAAACCGUGUGGGAACUACAGAUAUUAUGACAAAAUACUAAAAUAAAUAAUUGAAGUCACUUCAAUUUAUUUAUUUAUUUUAGAACCUAAGGAAAAGGGCACAUGAAAUCACUUUAUUUGUUUCUUAAAUGAUUCAACCAUAUUUUAUAUCAAGGCAUUUUUACGAAAAGAAGGACGCUGAAAACUUUGCGUGACCAAGACCUGCGCGUGGCGGCGCACUCGUUUGCGAAUUAGGUUGGAGAAAAUUUGGUGAAGAACUUUAUUUUCAAGAUCUGCCAAUAUAUAAUGAACUAAUAUCUCUUCAGCAAAGGAGGGGGAAAAAAACCGCCAUCCACUAAGUCAAUAAAGAGAAACAAACUAGGUAUUGAUUUGCAGGCAGGCGGAAGGGAAGGUGGUGGAAAAUGCUGAAAAUUGGUUCAAACAAUCGAUGUGAACAGCGUGAUGGUGAACGAUCGAAAGGGACGAGCGCAAGGAAAAGCACGCUUAAGAACGAUACCGUCCCGAACGCCCUAAAUUCUGAUUGGCUGGAAAAAAGAUAGGGUUGGAGCCUGCGGCCUUAGCCUGCAAACUAUUAUCUAAACAAUGCCUUGCCAUAAAAUCCCAUUAUGAUGCCGUCAUAACGGUGUCUUUUAUUUCAGCAUUGUUGAGAUAGUGACUUCGUCUCCACCUGGAAUGAAACUUACUUCUUUACGUUACAAUGGAGGAGUCUAUUACAGAAAUGUCACUUGGUAUCCCAGCCAAUAUCAAGUUGGACAGCAGGCGUUUUGCUUCAAAGCAGUUGACUCGUCAGGGUGAGAUGACCUAUUUUUUGUUUUUAGUUUCUUAGGGCGUUAUCCAUUCACCAAAAACUUUCGAUAUGGGGAUCCAUCGGAUGAAGAUUGUGUUCCAUUUGAAAAAUUUACCAUGCAUCUAUUAUAGAUGAGCUAAUAAUUAGCGAAAUACAUUUUCGAAUUAGUAAGUUUUUGAAAACCUCAUUUUCAAAAUGGCCGAUUGCAAAUGCCUGCAAAGACAGCUUUUUUGGGCGACAAAGUCAACAAACACUGCAGGUUAUUGCUGAAUACUUUCCGAUUUAAAUCGUUGCAAUAUACCCAGUUUGUCUAAUUUAUGACCUUUGGGUUGCUUAUAUCUUCUUUUCUUUCUUGUCUAGCAUGGGGAGUCAAUGGAGGUGCAUAACGAUUCUCGUCGGUAUAAGUAAGUAAACUCGUUAAUCCUCGGAGCUAUAUUGGGAAACGCUUACCUAAAAAGAGGGUCAGGAAAGAUGAAACCUCCCAGUUCGUUGCUUUGUCUUUUGCAAGUCUUGUGUACAAUUUAUAACUUGUUCGUGGCGCGCGCUUCCGCCACGCUUAUCAAAUGUCCACCUUGUCGUUACAUUGUGGCGCUUAUUUGAGGACGGCGCAAAUUUCACACUUCCCUUUUGAGAAUAAGACAGAUAAAGUCAAUACUUUUCUCUCUCAUUUUUGCAAAUGACAAGCAAAUUCUAUUUUGGCCCACAGGCAGUACCCCCCGCGUUAUUUUGGGAAGUCAAACUCCUCAAACUCCUAUCAGUACCAGCGCACCAGGCUAUAUCUGGUGGAGCAUACAGUUUGAUCGAGUGGUAAGAAUAAAACGAUUAAGCUUAGCAAAUCAUUUCACGUAUAUUCCUCUAUUUAUAGCUGUCAUCAUCGGUUAUUGUUGCUGUAAUGUAUUUUUUGCCUCCACGUUUUACUUUAAUCCCGAGUUUAUCCCGACCGUUACCUUCUCUUUCUACUGGCUCUCCUACUGACGCGGACUCUUUUUUUACUUUUAUGUUUUGUAUUCUGAGUCACUCGCUCAUCAUCCGAUCGUCAUCAUGCAUAUUGGCCUUCAUUAAAUAUAGAGUAACUUAUAAAAAACAUACUCUCUGGGAGCUUUUAUCUCGCAAGUAAUUCCGAUCUGUCUCCCUAACUCUAUAAGUCUUACUUGUUUCUUAUUUCUUCUUGCCUCUUGACAUCAUCAUGUUCUCCCUGUAGACUUCAGAUACUUAUUUUGAAUUCUUAAUUUCUAGGAAGAAACUGAAGACAAUCUUUGUCAAAAUUUGAGGCAAUAUGAUCUAACGUUUCUUUUCACACACAGAUAAAGAAGCCUCGCACUUCUUCCUACAUCCGGCUCGUUCUUCUUCCCAGUGGUCACACAGUUCAUAAAGUGGACACACUCUCUCAGUUUGCCAUAAUCAACAGUGAUCUUACCACCCUGUGGUUCGCAAUGCCUGAUGCUGCAUUAAGUAUGAACGGCUCGUACGCUAUUUUGAUGGAUCGUGGUGCAGUGGUUGGACAAGGUUGUUCUUAUGACGGACCACCCACACCAGGAAUAAAUGACCCAAGUGACUGGCAGUUCACUACUGGUGUUUGUCCCGUCGGCUAUGCCCUUGCCCCACCAGACUUUACUACUUGUCUAGGUAUGUAAAAGCAAAAAAGUGGAAUUGUAAGGCUAAUAAGUCGGUUUUGAAACCAAAAUUACAUCUUUUUAACUAAAUCCCCCUCAAGUUUCUCCAUCUAUGCCUUCGUGCUUUGUGUUUGCGGUAUUUAUUUACCGUAAAAUGUAGAUCAUAUCAAACCUACUAGCAGGUUCUUUUACCUGUGCCUAAAAGAUGGCUCAAGUUUAAGCCGAAACUCUUUUACAUUAAUAAAAGUCUUCCCUUCUUCAUCAACAAUGUAAAAGCAAAGCAAGAAUAAGAGGUCUUUCUUUUCUUUCUUUCUUCCUUUUUUUUUCGCUCUGUUACAUGAAAAUUUGACAAGAUUUCACCUUUAAAACUGAUUUCUUGCUAUACGGACUGUAAGGUGUUUAAUACCUGCUUCCUCCUAGAGUGCGCGCUUCGUUUUUAGAAGUUUUAGUUUUCAACACUUUACUUAACUUUUUUUUUCAGACAUCAACGAAUGUGGUUCUCACUCCAGAGUGAAGCGUAGUAUGCAAGGUGAGAUAAACGGUGAUUUAAACCUUUAAACUCACUUUCCAACUAUACUCUCGUUUCUUGUUCUUUGCUCUGAAACGGCACGGAACUGAACGUUUGCUCCACAGGCUAGAUGGGUAACCUAUUACGAUGACGUCAGCGUGAAAAUGCUCUUUUCAUGUACACGAAAUGUACGGUAAAAUGUACGCAUGACAUGUCUUUGGUUUUAAGACGCAAGUGAUAAGUAUACAAGGAUUUAUAAAAAAACAACUUCUUUAGGAUCGAUAACUAUAAAGGAGCUUGUAGAGCUCUAAAAUCAAUUUGGGGGCUUGGUCGAAAUUGCCAUUCUGAAUCAAAUUGUGGGAUUACUGAUUGUCUCAUUUUAUACAAGCUGUUUUAGACAGAAGACCUCAAGUCAUAUUUUGUAUGCUAAAUCAAGAGUUCUUUCUAACGCAGUUCCUCAAUCGACCUUUCAGGACUGAGACUUGUUGGAGGAAGCUGGAACGGAGAGGGAAGAGUUGAAAUUUUUUACAACGGCAACUGGGGAACUGUGUGUGAUGACAGCUGGGAUUUAGACGAUGCAAGAGUCAUAUGUCGUGAACUUGGAUACUCCGGUGCUGUUAGUGCUCAUAGUUCUGCACACUUUGGCUCCGGAAGCGGUCAAAUUUGGUUGGAUGAUGUCAACUGUUUGGGAAGUGAAACUUCCAUUGAAAAUUGCCCGCAUGGUGGUUGGGGCUCACAUAACUGCGGUCACCAUGAAGAUGCAUCUGUCGUUUGUUCAAGUAAGUAGUGAUCGCAAACAGGUCUCUGUUUAGUCUGGUUUUCAUGCACUAUUGAUGCAAGUCCAGCUUUUUAUAACGGUUCCUAUUACCUCGUGUAAAGGGUCUUUACCGUGUUACUUGCCGAGCUAAGAAUUUUUCUUUUCCAGCGCUUGCAUGUGGUUUGCGCCUAUAGCGGCGAGAAACGAGAAAAGGCGGCGGUUGUCACAGGGUAUGGUUGCCGACGUUUUGUUUUGGUUGAAGGUGUUUCGAUAUAGUUUUUCAGAGGCCAUACCGAUAUUUUUCAAUCGCUUGAAAAGUGAUUUUAUCCUUGUCUGAUCGCUAUAACAUUUUCACUAAUGAUUGACUAUAGAUUGAAAUUUGUCAAAAUGUAGGUUUUAGUAAAAUCGAUAUUACUAUCAAUGAUAACGUUAAACAAAAAACUUUGAAAUUGAUGAACGCCUAAUUUUGCGCGAUCUAGACCAGCUACUGAAAAUCCAACACUAGGAACUUUAAAAAUUUUGGUGUUCAGCAAAUAACCUCCUUAAGAACUAAAAAAUUCUGUGUGUUUGAAUUCGACUAAAAGGAAAGUAUAUUUUAAACCUUAAAUUUUCAAUAUCCGUGAUAGAUUAUUUAACAAAAACGUUAUAAAUGACUCAAAUUGCUCUUACGUAGCGUCAGAAUGCUGCUUAAUAUCAUAUUUCGAUGCUAGGAAAUUUUGAUGUAUUUUCGCUCUUGUGAUCUUAACAACUAAGGCUGCAUGCACACGGACGCAACAACUCCCAACAUUGUUGCGCCAACAAUGUUGGGAGCUGUUGCGUUCGUGUUGGCAGUGGUGUGCAAACGGAUACAACAACUCCCAACAUUGUUGGGACCUAUAGUGCAUCCUGGGAAGGAUACAACCCAUAAGUCUUUGUAAACCAUGUGUAAUAAUGAGUGUUCGUGGCCCCAACAAUGUUGGAAGAGCUGUGCAACCGGAUCCAUUUUGCUGCGCUACGCUUCGGCGAUCACGGAACAAAAGAAAUGUUGGGAGUUGUUGGCUGAAAAGUUUGACCGGUUUCAAACUUAGCGCAACAACAUGCAACAGGGUGUGUAAAAGGACGCAACAUGUAACAUCCAACAAUGUUGGGAGUUGUUGGUCAACAAUUUUUGCGUCCGUUUGCACGCAGCCUAACGCGUCUUUUUACCACCUGUUGAAGUGCAACUUCAUUCAAAAUUUGGACUUUUAGCGCUUUUUUGUACAUCUCUGAAACGACUGGAACGAAUUUUUUAAAAAUCUUUUCACAUAAUUUCAAAAUGUAUAUUAUAAUGUCUGAAACUUUCUUUAAAAUUGAUCCACUGCAACGCCUUGAAAUUUGAAGACAAACCUAUCCUACGAACCGGUCAGAAAUCCGCGUUGCAACAUUUACUGUUUUGACGUUAUGCUAAUUUUUCCAAAUAAAUGCGGACAAUACAUACAUCCAUGACUAGUACAUUUCAGUGUGAGUAUUGUCAAUGUUUUACAUUCAAAAGAUGCGAUAAAUUCAAACUAAAAUGUACUAGUCAUGGAGGUAUGUAUAGUGCGCAUUAUUUUUGGAAAAAUUAGCAUAACGUCAAAACAGUGAAUGAUGUAACGCAGAUUUUUGACAGGUACGUAGGGCAGGUUUGUCUUGAAAUUUUAAGAUGUUGCAGUGAAUCAAUCUCAAUGAAAGUUUCAGAGUGACCUUGUUAUAUACAUUAUGAAGAUUAUGUGAAGAGAUUUUAGAAAAAUUUGUUGGAGUCGUUUCAGUGAUAUACAAAAACGCGUAAAAGUUCAAAUUUUGAAUGAAGUUGCACUUAUACAGGUGGUGAGAAAACGAGUUAGCUUUCAAGAUCGCAAGAACAAAAAUUCACUAAAAUUUCCUAACAUCAAAAUAUGAUAUUAAGCAGCAUUCUGACGCUACUAAAGAGUAAUUUGAGUCAUUCGGUAGCUGGUCAAGAUCAUACAAAAUUCGGCUUUUAUCAAUUUGAAAGAUUUUUGUUUAUUGUUGUCAUUGAAAGUAAUAUCGAUGUUACUUAAAACUGCAUUUACACAAAUUUUUAAUCCAUAGCCAAUUACUGGUGAAAAUUUUAUAGCGAUCGGACAUAGGAAAAAACACUUUUAAGGCGAUUGAAAAAUGUCGGUAUGGCCUCUGAACAACUGUAUCGAAAUAAGUGAAGACAGAAUUAACUUACAUGUACGGCUGUUCUCACAAAUACAACAUCUAUGCGUUAACAUACGUGUCCAGAUUGUUUUAAAAUGCGUUUAAAUCGUUCUCGCGAAAACGGAGUAUUUUAAGGACUCAUUAGUUGGCAAGCAUGUACUGAAAACCUUAAGAAAGGUAGUGGCAAAUUCAGGGAAAGGAAAUUAUACCAUGUUUCGUAGGGGUGUAAGGCUGAAUCAAUCAAACCUUGAUCCAUUCAUUCUCUUACCUUGUUAAAAACGAAAGGUCAUUUCUCAUUAAUCUUAUCAUUACUCGUUUCCCACACAGAAUUUUUACCUUUUUAACAUGACAAAAAAGAUAUUUUUAAGAAAAUGUUGGCGCCACCGACACAUUUAGGCUGCCCGUCCAUAACGCUCACGCCUUUCUUAAAGAUCAUAAAUACUUAAAUUGUUGCACUGUAAGACUUAAGAUCCUGAAAACCAUAACUUAUUCGUUCAGCGGCACACACCCCUCAAUAGGUAGCCCUUGAUAAUAAUAGGCCUAUCUUCGACUUUAGCUGACGUUUCAGGACUGAGACUUGUUGGAGGAAGCUGGAACGGAGAGGGAAGAGUUGAAAUUUUUUACAACGGCAACUGGGGAACUGUGUGUGAUGACAGCUGGGAUUUAGACGAUGCAAGAGUCAUAUGUCGUGAACUUGGAUACUCCAGUGCUGUUAGUGCUCAUAGUUCUGCACACUUUGGCUCCGGAAGCGGUCAAAUUUGGUUGGAUGAUGUCAGCUGUUUGGGAAGUGAAACUUCCAUUGUAAAUUGCCCGCAUGGUGGUUGGGGCUCACAUAACUGCGGUCACCAUGAAGAUGCAUCUGUCGUUUGUUCAAGUAAGUAGUGAUCGCAAACAGGUCUCUGUUUAGUCUGGUUUUCAUGCACUAUUGAUGCAAGUCCAGCUUUUUAUAACGGUUCCUAUUACCUCGUGUAAAGGGUCUUUACCGUGUUACUUGCCGAGCUAAGAAUUUUUCUUUUCCAGCGCUUGCAUGUGGUUUGCGCCUAUAGCGGCGAGAAACGAGAAAAGGCGGCGGUUGUCACAGGGUAUGGUUGCCGACGUUUUGUUUUGGUUGAAGGUGUUUCGAUAUAGUUUUUCAGAGGCCAUACCGAUAUUUUUCAAUCGCUUGAAAAGUGAUUUUAUCCUUGUCUGAUCGCUAUAACAUUUUCACUAAUGAUUGACUAUAGAUUGAAAUUUGUCAAAAUGUAGGUUUUAGUAAAAUCGAUAUUACUAUCAAUGAUAACGUUAAACAAAAAACUUUGAAAUUGAUAAACGCCUAAUUUUGCGCGAUCUAGACCAGCUACUGAAAAUCCAACACUAGGAACUUUAAAAAUUUUGGUGUUCAGCAAAUAACCUCCUUAAGAACUAAAAAAUUCUGUGUGUGUUUGAAUUCGACUAAAAGGAAAGUAUAUUUUAAACCUUAAAUUUUCAAUAUCCGUGAUAGAUUAUUUAACAAAAACGUUAUAAAUGACUCAAAUUGCUCUUACGUAGCGUCAGAAUGCUGCUUAAUAUCAUAUUUCGAUGCUAGGAAAUUUUGAUGUAUUUUCGCUCUUGUGAUCUUAACAACUAAGGCUGCAUACACACGAACGCAACAACUCCCAACAUUGUUGCGCCAACAAUGUUGGGAGCUGUUGCGUUCGUGUUGGCAGUGGUGUGCAAACGGAUACAACAACUCCCAACAUUGUUUGGACCUAUAGUGCAUCCUGGGAAGGAUACAACCCAUAAGUCUUUGUAAACCAUGUGUAAUAAUGAGUGUUCGUGGCCCCAACAAUGUUGGAAGAGCUGUGCAACCGGAUCCAUUUUGUUGCGCUACGCUUCGGCGAUCACGGAACAAAAGAAAUGUUGGGAGUUGUUGGCUGAAAAGUUUGACCGGUUUCAAACUUAGCGCAACAACAUGCAACAGGGUGUGUAAAAGGACGCAACAUGUAACAUCCAACAAUGUUGGGAGUUGUUGGUCAACAAUUUUUGCGUCCGUUUGCACGCAGCCUAACGCGUCUUUUUACCACCUGUUGAAGUGCAACUUCAUUCAAAAUUUGGACUUUUAGCGCUUUUUUGUACAUCUCUGAAACGACUGGAACGAAUUUUUUAAAAAUCUUUUCACAUAAUUUCAAAAUGUAUAUUAUAAUGUCUGAAACUUUCCUUUAAAAUUGAUCCACUGCAACGCCUUGAAAUUUGAAGACAAACCUAUCCUACGAACCGGUCAGAAAUCCGCGUUGCAACAUUUACUGUUUUGACGUUAUGCUAAUUUUUCCAAAUAAAUGCGGACAAUACAUACAUCCAUGACUAGUACAUUUCAGUGUGAGUAUUGUCAAUGUUUUACAUUCAAAAGAUGCGAUAAAUUCAAACUAAAAUGUACUAGUCAUGGAGGUAUGUAUAGUGCGCAUUAUUUUUGGAAAAAUUAGCAUAACGUCAAAACAGUGAAUGAUGUAACGCAGAUUUUUGACAGGUACGUAGGGCAGGUUUGUCUUGAAAUUUUAAGAUGUUGCAGUGAAUCAAUCUCAAUGAAAGUUUCAGAGUGACCUUGUUAUAUACAUUAUGAAGAUUAUGUGAAGAGAUUUUAGAAAAAUUUGUUGGAGUCGUUUCAGUGAUAUACAAAAACGCGUAAAAGUUCAAAUUUUGAAUGAAGUUGCACUUAUACAGGUGGUGAGAAAACGAGUUAGCUUUCAAGAUCGCAAGAACAAAAAUUCACUAAAAUUUCCUAACAUCAAAAUAUGAUAUUAAGCAGCAUUCUGACGCUACUAAAGAGUAAUUUGAGUCAUUCGGUAGCUGGUCAAGAUCAUACAAAAUUCGGCUUUUAUCGAUUUGAAAGAUUUUUGUUUAUUGUUGUCAUUGAAAGUAAUAUCGAUGUUACUUAAAACUGCAUUUACACAAAUUUUUAAUCCAUAGCCAAUUACUGGUGAAAAUUUUAUAGCGAUCGGACAAGGGAAAAACCACUUUUAAGGCGAUUGAAAAAUGUCGGUAUGGCCUCUGAACAACUGUAUCGAAAUAAGUGAAGACAGAAUUAACUUACAUGUACGGCUGUUCUCACAAAUACAACAUCUAUGCGUUAACAUACGUGUCCAGAUUGUUUUAAAAUGCGUUUAAAUCGUUCUCGCGAAAACGGAGUAUUUUAAGGACUCAUUAGUUGGCAAGCAUGUACUGAAAACCUUAAGAAAGGUAGUGGCAAAUUCAGGGAAAGGAAAUUAUACCAUGUUUCGUAGGGGUGUAAGGCUGAAUCAAUCAAACCUUGAUCCAUUCAUUUUCUUACCUUGUUAAAAACAAAAGGUCAUUUCUCAUUAAUCUUAUCAUUACUCGUUUCCCACACAGAAUUUUUACCUUUUUAACAUGACAAAAAAGAUAUUUUUAAGAAAAUGUUGGCGCCACCGACACAUUUAGGCUGCCCGUCCAUAACGCUCACGCCUUUCUUAAAGAUCAUAAAUACUUAAAUUGUUGCACUGUAAGACUUAAGAUCCUGAAAACCAUAACUUAUUCGUUCAGCGGCACACACCCCUCAAUAGGUAGCCCUUGAUAAUACUAGGCGUAUCUUCGACUUUUCAGGACUGAGACUUGCUGGAGGAAACUGGAACGGAGAGGGACGAGUAGAGAUAUUGUAUAGCGGCAGCUGGGGAACUGUGUGCGAUGACAGCUGGGAUAUGGACGAUGCAAGAGUCGUAUGUCGCGAACUUGGUUAUCCUGAUGCUGCUAGUGCACUACAGUCCGCCCACUUUGGUGCUGGAAGUGGUCAAAUCUGGUUGGACGAUGUCAGCUGUGCGGGAAGUGAAGAUUCCAUUGAGAAUUGUCCACACAAUGGAUGGGGCUCACAUAACUGCAAUCACAAUGAGGAUGCAGGGGUCGUUUGUUUAAGUAAGUUACAUGUAAUACGAUCCAAA